AUGGAGGGCGCUCCGAGCCAAAACCCGGCGUUCUGCACAUACGAGGUCUGCACCUUUGCGCUGGGAGCAUCCUUGCGCAGCCAAGCUUUUGCGCGCGGAGGAAGGCCGAGCCAACGCGCUCCGCGACACCCAACCCCGAGGCAGCUCGACUGCAACACACGGAAGCGUCCCGCGCAGCCUUCCCCGUUCGGGCAGGCCUUCCUGCUGGCUAGCAUUGUGCUCCUUGCGGGCGCUGAUGCGGCGUCAGGCGGGUGCUUGUUUUGCACUGUGCAUGGGGUCUGUGUGGGAGUGGAACGCGGGCAGAUGCAGAUCGGCCGGCGCCAGCACACGUUGAGGGCAGAGCAGAAUGUGGAGAAAGGCGAGGGCGUCACAGCGUUGCCAGUCGGGGCGCUGGAACCGGCGGGCGUCGCCCCUCCCUCGCGGCUUGCCGGGGGCGACCCUUCCUCGGCCCUUGGUUGGCGUCGUUUGAUGGGCCGCCAAGCCGUCGCUGCCGUCGUGGUGCUCGAAGCGUCGCAGUCUGAAACAGCCGCUGGCCUCCAUCACGACAAUCCUGCCUCGAAGCGUCGCCCCAGAUGCCCCGUCCAUGGGCGACGCUGGACACGCACGACACGCUCCCACGCCCCUCCGCUCCAUUCCGCCCGACGCAGCCUAGCCACAGCGUUUUCCUCCGCGCCGUCAUCCUUCGUCUACGCUCCGCCCGCGGGUCAGGCCCUUUUUGAUAUUGACCUCCUGUGCUGCUUCGUCCCACCCGCUGCCCAGUCCUCUGACCGCAUCUCCAGCCCAGGCGGCCGCGCGAUGCAAUUUCACACAUACGGCUUGUGA